UCCCAGCAUGCCCCUGUGCAGUGCAGCCGGAGAAGGAUGCUGCAGCUUGCAACUGCGGCUAACACUGCCUGUGCUGCCAUUUCCAGUGAGCUUUCUCUUCCUUUCUAGUGGAUCCGUGAACGAGACGCCCAGCAGCGAAACGAGACCAAUAGUGAGCCCUGCCUGUAUCCAACUCCAAGAUAACCAACACCGCCUGCCGCUGCUAGCCGCCGAGAGGGGGUCCACCCUUGCCCGUGGAGGGAGGCAUGGACCCCCUGGCCAAACCCUGCCCGGUUCAGGGAGAGCUAAACCAACAAAACCAGGUCUGUAAUCUGGUAGCGCCCUUCGAAGCUGCUGGAGGAGAGGAAGACGAGCGCCGCUGCAGUAGGAACGAGUCGAGGGGAGGAGAGCCCCAACUCGGCCCCAGGGACAUGGAAGAGUCGCUGGAAGAGAAGCUCAAGGGGUUGGCAUUCAGAAAGCAGACUUCGUACAGAAAAGCCAUUUCCCGUUCUGGCCUCCAGCAUCUUGCCCCGAUCCAGAUGCCCUUGUCUUCGCUGACAAACGGGCCUGCCAAGGAACUUCGGACCACUGUAGACUGGAGCGAGAAUGCUUUAAAUGGGGAUCACCUCUGGCUGGAGACAAACUGCUCUGGAGAUCUGUGCUACUUGGGGGAGGAGACUUGUGUUGUCAGGAUUGCAAAGUCUGCCCCCCGGAGGAAGUGCGCAGCAUGCAAGAUCGUGGUGCACACAGCCUGCAUGGAGCAGCUGGAGAAGAUCAAUUUUCGAUGCAAACCAACUUUUCGAGAGGGAGGCUCAAGGUCUCUGAGGGAUCAGAAUACUGUUCGGCACCACUGGGUUCAUCGACGUCGCCAAGAAGGGAAGUGCAAGCAGUGUGGAAAGAGUUUUCAGCAGAAAUUCUCCUUCCACAGUAAGGAGAUCGUUGCCAUCAGCUGCUCUUGGUGUAAGCAGGCGUUCCACAAUAAGGUGACCUGCUUCAUGCUGCACCAGAUCGAGGAGCCCUGCUCCCUGGGGGGUCAUGCUGGGGUCAUUGUGCCCCCCUCCUGGAUCAUCAAAAUGAAGAAGCCUCAGAAUUCUUUUAAAAACUCAAGCAGAAGAAAAAAAAGGACAUCGUUCAAACGAAGGACCAGCAAAAAGGGAACAGAUGAAGCCAAGUGGCGACCGUUCCUAAUCAAGCCCCUCCCGUCGCCGCUGAUGAAGCCAGUCCUUGUCUUUGUGAAUCCAAAGAGUGGGGGGAACCAGGGUACAAAGGUGUUCCAGAUGUUCAUGUGGUUCUUGAACCCCCGGCAAGUCUUUGAUCUUUCCCAAGGCAGUCCGAGGGAGGCGCUGGAGCUCUACAGGAAAGUGCCAAACUUGCGGAUCUUGGCGUGUGGAGGCGAUGGAACGGUGGGGUGGAUUCUCUCUGCUCUGGAUGAAUUACAAUUGAACCCGCCACCACCUGUGGCAGUGCUACCUCUUGGAACUGGGAAUGACCUGGCACGCACUCUCAACUGGGGAGGGGGCUACACUGACGAGCCCGUCUCCAAGAUCCUGUGUCAUGUGGAGGACGGGAACAUCGUGCAGCUGGACCGCUGGAACCUGGAGGUGACAAGGGCUCAAGAUGACCAGGAGGAGGGGGCUCAGAAGCUUCCUCUGAGUGUCUUUAAUAAUUACUUUAGCCUGGGGUUUGAUGCCCAUGUUACGCUUGAAUUCCAUGAAUCCAGAGAAGCUAAUCCAGAGAAGUUCAACAGUCGUUUUCGGAACAAAAUGUUUUACGCAGGGGCAGCUUUUUCCGACUUUUUGCAGCGGAGUUCCAGAGAUUUAGCAAAACACGUCAGAGUUGUGUGCGACGGCACUGAUCUUACCCCCAAGAUCCAGGAGUUAAAAUUCCAGUGCAUCGUCUUUUUAAACAUUCCCAGGUACUGUGCUGGAACCAUGCCCUGGGGCAACACUGGUGAUCACCGUGAUUUUGAGCCACAGCGCCAUGACGACGGCUGUAUAGAGGUCAUCGGGUUCACUAUGGCCUCUUUGGCAGCACUUCAGGUCGGAGGUCACGGCGAGCGACUGCAUCAGUGCAGGGAGGUGACUCUGACCACUUUCAAGACCAUCCCAGUGCAGGUAGACGGGGAGCCCUGCAGACUGGCCCCCUCCACUCUGCGCAUCUCUCUCAGGAACCAGGCCAACAUGGUGCAGAAGAGCAAGAGGCGCACCUCCGUACCCCUGCUCAACGACAUACAGAAAGUCUGCACGGCCGACCUGCGCCGUGUUUCCGCUCCCCCAGACUCCUUUACUGUCCCUCACUCUGUUCCAGACCGGUUGCGGCUUCGAGUGAACAGAAUAAGCUUGCAGGAUUACGAGGCCCUUCAGUUUGACAAGGAGAGACUGCGAGAAAUCUCCAUUCCAGUUGGGAUCAUUGUUGUUCGUGGAGACUGUGAUCUGGAGACCUGUCGGCUGUACAUCGACCGGCUGCAGGAGGAUAUUCACCCAGGUUUUUCCAGCACUCACAGAGUACAUUACCAGAAUGAGAACGAAUCCCAGUCCAGACCAUGCUCCCAGAGACUCUGUCCCAACUGGUGCUUUCUAGACUCUACUUCUGCAGAUGUUUUCUAUCGCAUUGACAGAGCUCAGGAGCAUCUCCACUUUGUGACAGAGAUUUCUCAAGACGAGAUCUUCAUCAUGGAAUCCGAGUCUCUAGGACAGCAGCCAGGAGGCAACAUUCCAGGAAUGCCAGACCUGGUGGUGGAUCCCUGCUCAGGUAUGUCUGAGUUGUGGAAUGGCUCAGUCCGAAAGCGCAUUGUGAGUGACAGUGGUGUGCUGCACUCUGCUACAAGACAGGAGAAUCAGGAAAGGCAGUCAGAAGACACACAGGGGCUACGGACCCCUGUAACUCCAGAAGAGCAAGCUCUGCUACAGGCUGCUGUCUGCGGAGACUUGCAAAAGUUCUCGGAGAUCUGCCGGCGAGGCAUUAGCUUGAUGGUGAGGAGUCCAAAUGGCUGCUCUGCUCUACACCUUGCAGCCCAGCAUGGGCACAGGGAGAUUGUCACCUUGAUUCUGGAGCACUGCUCCAUGACGCUGCUAGACAUUGGAGACAGUGAAAUGGGGGAUACUGCAUUGCACAAAGCUGCCUACCAUCGCCAGCACAGUGUCUGCAGGCUGCUCAUCGAUGCAGGGGCCUCCUUGAUAAAGCCUGAUUUCCAGGGCAAGACACCCAAGGACAAGGCCCAGGCUGCCGGGGACUCAGAUUUGGCCUCGUACCUGGAGAGCAGGCAGCAGUAUCGUAUAAUCACCCACGAGGACCUGGAGACUGCGGUGUGAGUCACUGGAACCCGAUGGAGAGUUGAUGCUCUGCCUCUACACACAGCUUUGAUACCCUCCCACACCAAUCCUGCAGCCAGCAGUGGGGUGAGGAAGCGGAGAGGAACUGUGGAGAAUUUGCGAGACUUUACCAGGAGGCUGCUGUUUAUUUUUUAUUUAUUUUCUGAGAGGUGGCGAGGGUGGGGCAGCUGGCUAAUAACCUUGUAUCCAGCGACAGAGAAUUGCCUCACUAUAUCAUCCAGCUCCCUGGACCUACCUCUCUCUAUGACAUAUGAACACGCUGCGCAUUAUGUAACACUUCAUCCUGGAGAAACGGCAUUGGAGAAUGUGGUGUGGAAUUUACAGGACUGUCUGUCCUGUGCAUUCAGGAUCCUAUAUUGUCAUAUAGCAGAGACAAUCCAAAAAAGCGCUAUCAUGAGGCUCAGAAUAUCAGGAGCUCCUUGUGCUCAGUAGGUUUUACUGUCGAAAUAUUUUCAGGGGAGUUUCACUUUCUCCUUGUUGACAGCUCUGGAAGCAACAUUCACAUUUGAGUAGAAGCUAUAGUGUAAUAGUCUAACGAUCGAGAAGCAUGAGGCAAUUUUCCUGUUGAAGCAACUAGUUGUAUUUUUUUCUACUUUGUUAUUGUUGCUUGAAGUUUUUUGCAUAUGGGGAAAAUGGUUUGAAAAUGUCACACGUAGUUGCUUUCUGUUGCAUGCUCACGUCACCAUAUCAGCUAUCUGUUAAACCUUUUUAAACUGGUCUGUCUCACUGCUGGAGGCUUAUUGGUGUUUCUGGUAGACACUGGUGUAAAAAGCACUCUAAAAGUACAAAUCUCUGCCCUGCUAACAGUAGUCCUGCUUCACACAACAUUAUAACUUCCCAUUUUUUCUCACCCACUCUCACUGAUUUCCAGUACUUUUAUCAGUUUGGUAUCUCAGCAGCUCUUAAAAUACCCACCACCUCUAUCCCCAUUCCAUGUAGCUCCCAGCUCUCUCAAAGCAUGGCAGCCUUCCUGAGUGGACCAUGUUUCUCCUGUAUGUGAGUCAGAGCACAAAGCAGGAACUUCUAAGCUCUGAAUUUGAAGCCAGGAGCAGACUGACAUUCCAGGAGCAUAGCCUUUUUUUGGAGAAUGUAUUUAUUAUAUUUGAAAUGUCCUAAAUACUUAUUUAAUGAUUUACUUGCUUACACUGGAUUGCCUAUGUGAGAGACAUAAUCAGAUUUUCCAGUAUGGGAAUCGUGAGUACAACUUUUCGGAAAAGGUUCUUGCUAUUGUAACCAGACAAGCAGUCAGCUGGGAUUGAAGCAAGCUUCUCCUGGUUAGAAUGAAACAGCGGUGUGCCUAGCGCCACCUAAUGCAUAGCCAGAGAAAUUGUGCUGUGUUGUGGCUGUCUGAGCUACUCCAGGUCUGCCAGAUAAUGAUGUAUGUGCAGAGCACCUCCCUGUGGGUGCAACAAGGAAAUACAGUAAGACAAAAAAAAACACCAAAAAUAUAUUGAAUUCUUCCACCAUGCCUUGAGAUGUGCAGAAACUAUGGGAAAAAAAUUCUCACACAUUGGUGAAAAAGAUACAUUUCCAGCAAAGUUACAAAAUAUUUGUUUCUCAAAUGGUUCAGUUAGUGUUGUUAUUGUGUAUUUAUUUAUCUCAAAAAAAAAAAAAAUCUGAGCCAUAUUCAAUGCAAUAUAAAUGGAUGACAUUUGUGCAUUAUUUACAUUACAUUAAUGUUAUGAAACAUGGGUGGUUGUGAAUGGCACUGCAGGGCUUUGUGGUGGAUGGUAUUUUACAGUGGCGUGGUUGGAAGUUUCUUGUUUUUGGUAAGUCACUAGGUGGGGGGCUUUUAUUGUUUACCCCUUGCAGGACGGACACCUGUUUUGGGGGCCUCCUGGCUUGUGGCAAGUCAUUGAUUACACAUAUUAUGAAAUAACCUCUGCCACUUGUUUUUUUUAGCACUGAAGACACUUUGAAGGAGGAAGGUGCUUUUAAAAUACACUGUCCCCUAGAAUCUGUUUUUAUUUUAUUAUAAUUAGAGCUGUCAAUUAACCGCAGUUAACUUCUGCGAUUAACGUGUUCAUUAUUUGGGAGAUUCAGUUUAUUAAUGAAUGUUAAUCGCACUCCUGUCUUGUCCCUCUUGGCAUACUGUAAUUCAUUUCCUGCAGGAUCAUUUUAGUGUAUGCCAGGAUUGAAUGAGUGUAGUCAUUGUAUGAAUAUAAUAUUAGUCACGGAACUGCAUUAUGUAGUAAAGCACUCAAACUGAAGGGAUUUGUUAAUGGAAGUUUUUAUUUUAUUUUUUUACUUUGCCACUUCAUUAGACAAAAAUAUGGUUACUUGUAUCUGCUGUCAAAGCGAGUUCCAGUAUCACAGAAGUGUAUCUAGUCUGCUGUGCCAGCUGCAUGCUAAACAUGCUUUCACUUCUCAGAAUACACUCUAGUAGUUUUUCUGCUACAGACAACAUCAAAUGAAACCUGUCGGUUUCGAAAGAGUACUCUUUGAGAAAUUCCAGAUUGCUGCAAACCCAUGAAUCAAGCUAAGUACAAUACUGUAUCCAGUGCUGCUGGAUAGCUAUUGACUGCAGCCCCGUUCACAUUGUAGCUUUGUUUUAUUUCAAUAACCACAUUUAUUUUUAUACAAUAUUAUUUACAAUUAUAGAGGCA